AUGAUCCCGCCGGGGCCGAAUGGGCUUGGCGCGGAGCCGACGGAAGUGGCGAUUAAGAGAAUGCGCGAGGCGAACAAAGGAGACGGGGACGCGCCUCUGAGAGAAGUUGCCGCGCUGGGGUUUCUGUCGCACCCGCACCUCGUGCAUCUGCAUGGCUACUGUACGGAGGGCGAUGAAGCUCUGCUCGUGUAUGACUUCAUGCCGGGGGGCAGCUUGGAUGAAGCACUAGAGGACAAAGAGUGGGGUGCUACGGUGGUAUACCACCUGUUUAUAGUAGUCUCUGCUCUCGCCUCUCUCUGCUCGUGUGCAAAGGAAGAGCUCUUCUUAAGCUGGAGCAUGCGGCUCAAGGUGGCGGUGCAGGUGGCAGAGGCGCUCGCAUACAUGCACGGACGUAACUUUAUCCACGGCAAUUUGAAAGCCGCCAGCGUGCUGCUGUCGCCUGUGAGUGCAUGUAAGGGCGUGGGAGAGAGGGGCGGUAACAAGGCGGAUCGUAGAGGUAGCAAGCCGACAGCGCUGCUCUUGCCUGAGUACGAUACCAAGCUGGCAGGUUUUGGGAAGGUGCGAGUGGGGCCGGAGACUGAGCAGCUGCCUAUGGACUUAACUCGCAUCUUGGGCUUUUGGGACGUCGACCUUGUUAUCGACGUGCACGCAGGUGUGUGCCUGCUUAUCAACCUGCUUAUCAACGUGCACGCAGGUGUGUGCCUGCUUAUCAACCUUCUUAUUAACGUGCACGCAGGUGUGUGCCUGCUUAUCAACCUGCUUAUUAACGUACACGCAGGUGUGUGCCUGCUUAUCAACCUGCUUAUUAACGUGCACGCAGGUGUGUGCCUGCCUGCUUAUCAACGUCUCAGCAGGUGUGGUUCUUGA